CCACACUGUCUGUCCACACUGUCCUCGACCCAUAGUUGAGACGCCGGUGAAGCACAGACUUGAUACACCAACAACCGCAUCACCACCACCAACCAAUGGCAUCGCCGCGCCAGCGCCCAACGUUACCUGGCGCCAGGGAUUGCAUGACAUUCAUGCGAGCCUAGAUCCAGCUGUCCACCCAAGAUCCCUCGAUCGUCCCAACCACAGCCGCCCUCAUGCAGGCAUCCCGAGUUUUGACGCCAGCGUUGGCGUUACAGACUUGUCACCACUAUUUCCGGCCUGCCGGAUGAUGUGCUUGCUGCGGCUCUGCGUGCAGAAUCUUCCCUUCAGAAGUUCUUCUAGUAGUCUCGCCGCUGGCUCCAAAGUAUAUAUACACCAUCCGUCCGCUCCCCCCAAGAUGUAAGAUCACCAACAGUGCAGCAACAACAAGCACAAUCACCUUCGAGCAGGCCUCGAUUCACUCUCCUUAACGCGUCUACUGCUGCUGUACACGCACACAUUCGUUUAAUACCGCUACUGCUGCCCAUCAUGCGUUGCGAAGCACUCUUUGCCGUGCUCGUCCCCCUCUUGGGAGCUGCACCGGUCUUCGCCAUGGCUCAGGACUUUGACACCCAGGACAUGGCUGCCAUUGCUGCAGCCCUCAACAUGCAGUUGGAUGGCGCCGGCGCCGACUAUGCGCUAACCAAGCGCGAUCUACGCCGUAGUCUCGAGCCUAUUUGCAGCAGCGCUGCUCCCGACUCGGACGCGGCCAAGUUUUGCGCCGGCCUUACCAACAUUGUCAGCAGCGUCAACGGUGCUAUCGGAGCUGGCACUGUUGUUGGUGCUGGUGCUCCAUCUGGACAGCCUACUCCUGCUCCUGCUGCUCAACCUACUGCAGCUCAACCUCCUCCUGUAGAGGGUCAACCACCUGUAGAGGGUCAACCGCCUACAGAGGGUCAACCUCCUGCUGAUCAAACUCCUGUUCUUGGCCCUGAUGGCCAGCCAAUUCCUGUUCAGCCUGCCAACGUAACCGUUCCCACCAAUGGUACCGCUCCUCUUCCCGACGGCGGCACUCCCGCCCCCGAUGGUACAGCUCCCGUUCCUCCUGUUGAUUCUCCUACUCUUGUUCCCGGCGAAGGUCCCGAUCAAGAGCAGCCUGGAGAAAACGGCCCUGAAGCUGGCGGUGGUGCGCUCGGGAAAACAGACGCUCCUGCCCCGACCGAUGCUCCCGUCCAAGGAGGAGGAACUGGCUCCAAUAUUGGACAAAUCGUAGGCGGUCUUGGAACUCUCGUACAAGGAGUUGGAGAUAUUAUCACAGCCAUUAAAGGCAACGGCGGUGGUAAUGGCGAAGGAGAGGCGCCUCCUGCUGCUACUCCUGCUCCUGGUAAUGAGUCCCAGGGCAACCCAGCUCAAGCUCCUGGUGCUGGUAACACUGCGCCCGUUGCUUCUCAGGCUCCUCCUGCGGCUUCUCAGGCUCCUCCCGCCGCCGGUAGCCAAGCUCCUGCGGCUUCUCAAGCCCCGGCUGCCGGUUCUCAGGCCCCUCCUGCAGCUUCUCAAGCUCCCCCGGCUGCCGGCUCUCAAGCUCCCGUGGCCUCCCAGGCUCCUGCUGUUUCUCAGCCUGCCGUCUCUCAGCCCGCCGCUUCCCAGGCUCCCGCCGUAUCCAAGCCUGCUGGCAGUGAGCCCCCCGUCUCUAAGCCGGCUGCAUCUGAGCCCAUCAAGUCGGAAGCUCCCAAGCCCUCCGCUCCCGCUGCUGGUGCAUCCUCCAAGCCCGCUGUCUCUGAACCCAUCAAGUCCGAAGCCCCCAAGCCUUCUGCACCUGGUGCUGUCGCUUCAUCCAAGCCCACUGUCUCUGAAGCCCCCAAGACUUCUGCACCUGGCGCCGUUGCAUCUUCCAAGCCCGCCGCAUCGCAGCCCAUCAAGUCUGAGGCCCUCAAGUCCGAACCCAUCAAGGCCUCUCAGCCGCCCCCCGCCGCCAGCGCCACCAAGAAGCCAACCUUUGGCAGCGCCAACCCCAGCGGUGCCGAGACCCCCAAGUCCACCGUGAAGCCCAACGAGCCCCCCAAGGUCUCCUCUCAGCCUCCUAAGGCUGCCUCCUCUGCGCCGGCAGUCAAGCCUUCUGAACCCGCCGUCAAGCCCUCUGAACCCAUCAAGCCCUCUGAACCCAUCAAGCCCUCUGGACCCCCCGCAGGCAAGCCCACCACAUUCUCCACGCAGAUCAGGUCGCAGCCUCCCAAGGACACCAAGAAGUCGGGGGCCCCCAAGAACACCUCUCCUCCUCCUCCUCCCAAGACCACUGCCGCUCCCCCCAAGGAUACUCCCAAGCCUCCUCCUCCCCCUCCCAAGUCUACGGCUGCUCCUCCCAAGGAUACUCCCAAGCCUCCUCCCCCUCCUCCCAAGUCAACGGCUGCUCCUCCCAAAGACACUAAGAAGCCUCCUCCUCCUCCUCCCAAGACCAAUCCUCCCAAGCAAACGCCUCCUCCCAAGCAAGCGCCUCCUCCCAAGCAGACGCCCCCUCCCAAGAACACUGGCGGUGGUGGCAAGGUUUGCAAGCGCCGAGGCAAGGGCGGCGGUGGUGGUGGUAGAUCAGGUGGUGGUGGUAGAACCGGCGGCGGCAGCAGCUCUGGUGGCCGUAAGGGCUGCUAAGCAGCCUGAUAUCUUGUAUAACUGGCAGACAAGAUAUGCCGAGGUAUCUUCCUUUCCAGGAGCUGGCCAUUCUACGCUGGAUCGCAGAACACUCUACUGUACUUUACUUGUUUUGCAGUGUCAAGCUGGCUUGACGUCCACUCGUUUAGUAGCUCUAAUAUAUAAUAAUGAUUUCCUUUUC